AUGGCAUAUUACUCUUACGCCCAUGGCAUCCUCGCACGCGAGCGUGGUGAAUACAGUGUCGCUGUCGCGCAAACUAUGACUUUGGCUGCAUUGUAUUUCAACCACUCUGGAAUGCUUCGGCAGAGUUGGACGAACAUUAGUUGUGCUUACGGCAUAUUCAUGGAUCUCGGCUACUAUGCCGAUGUCUCGGAUGAUGCCUUAGCCAUCCGAGAUCCGAGCUACUCAAUCUCACAAGAAGCGAAGAGGGGUUCUUGGAUAUGCCGAGAUCUGGCACAUGGUAUCGACGUUUGUCUCAGCACUGUCUCGGCAGACCUCCUUUCCAUCCCCGGAAGCAUCAUGCAUCUGGGAGAGAGUUCUGAAGAAAGCCCCGCGAUGUUUUACAUGAUCAGGGUACAGCUUUGGAAUGUACUUGAGAAGACGCAGGAGCGUUACCCCACAGAUCUUGCUACGCCUAAAAGCAUUGACGACGAGGGCCUGGAGUAUAUCACGGACUUUGCGAACAGUCAAAUUGAAAUGUUCAGAUACUGGAAAUCUCAUCUGCUUCUCCCACAUUUACGAUGGGAAGAUGAGGAGCUACCGUCAACCGACCCUCUCAUGGCUUCGUUGCGAGCAGAGUAUUACAGGAGCAUAACUCGGUUGUUACAGCCGUACCUGAAGAUCUUGAGAAGCUGCGAAUGUUUGACUGGUACGGUGGCUAAGUCGUCAGCUCAGCAAGGGUUUAUUGGAGUCGUCAACCGUUGGGUACAAGCUGCACUUUCGAAUAUCGUCGCCUUUGACCGUAUUGGCGAAGUUGCCAACAGUCCAUACGAGGCAUAUCGAAUCACAAGCAAAAGCCUGGUGAUGUUAUCUAAUCCUGUGGAGACACUUCACUCGGAGUUUGAGAAAGUGCUUCUCCUCCAAGCUAUCCAUUCCUCUGAAAUCUAUUUGUCAUCAUCUGGGCAAACUUCCCUCAAGGAGACGGUUCUGGAUAUCCUUCGCUCCCGCACAAUCGAGAGAUUGUCUAGUUGGCCAAGUAACCCGCUCUUGGCCCGAGAUCUCAAGAUAUUGUUACCUUAUUUCAUCUAA